UUCGCGAUUCAGUCAGAUUUGUUCGAACUGCUUUCUCAUUGAAUCACUUGCUUUCGCAGUCACUAUACACAGAAGGUUAAGAGGAUAUUCAACGACAUCGGCUGAAAUAAAAAGUAGCAUGAAAGGACUGUUACUGCAUUUACUUUUCCAAGGUGUGCUAAUGUAUGAUGUUUUGGCAUGGGAAGUGAAAAUGCCAAAAGACAUUCACGGCCUCAAAGGUUCCUGCUUGGUUAUACCAUGUUCUUACUACUACAGAACAGACCCACCCAAAAACCCACAUAGAGUUGUGUGGUAUCAGUGGCAUUUUUUACAGUAUCCUUUAGUUUACGAUCCAUUGCAUCCAAAUGCUGUCACUAAGAAGUUCAGAGGAAAAACUGAUUUAUUUGUAAACUCAAGUUGGGAUUGCAGUCUGCUGAUCAAAAAUCUGGAUCAGGUCCAUCAUGGAGAGUCAUUAUAUGCAUGGAUUGACCCUGAAAACGUUGGCUGGCGCACCUACAGGUUUUAUGAGGUCACCUCCACAAUUGUUGUGGACGCAAGUCCACCGCAGCCUAGCAUCAAGAUCUAUGGAGGUUUAUGGAUAGGUGACACCAUCACAAUAGUGUGUUCGACUUUCCACACGUGUCCAUACAGCAAACCGAACAUCACUCUCAACAAUAUUGAGGGAUCUGAUGAAACAGACAAUGAGCAUGUUGAAGACGGCCUGUGGAAAUUCACUCUGACACGCACAUCUGUCACAAAUGCAGAAAACAUGACUAUUGAGUGUACUAUAACAUAUUAUGGUGGCAUAACAGUUACAGCUAUGGAGAGCAAAAAUGCAAAAUUUCCUGACCAUGAGGAAGCAGACGUCCCCAUUCCACCUAAGACUGAUUGGCUGUACAUCCUAAUGCCCUCACUUGUGUGCAUCCUUGCUUACAUACUUGCCUGUGUCAUCAUAUACAAGCGUAGACGCAGACAGACCCCUGGUGAUAUGCAACGAUGUGAAGAGAGGGUAGAGGCGUCGCUAGUGAGGGUAAAAGUGACACUGAAUACCGGGGAUCCAGAGCUAUUGGUGGGUCCCAAAGGUACCAUUGCAGUUUCUACCGAAAAACUUUUUCUACCAACCGCAGUUUUGAGUGGAGAGGACUGUCCUCUCACACCCCAGACUGCUAAAUAUUGCACGGAGGACUCGGAGGAUCCGGAAAGCCCAGCGACGCCACUGUCUGCAGGUGAUGGGGGAGAUCCGUUUACACAAGAAAGUGUCAUGCUAGCAGAAUGAAUUUGCAAGAUCAAGAAGAGAGAGGCACUUGGUCUCAUUCACUAAACACCCCGAAGUUCUUUUUUAAUCUAAGCUUAGGGACAUUUACAACUUUAAUUUCUACUAUAAAGCAGCAUAUGCAUGGAUUUGUGCAUGAAGUCUGCGUAUGAACGUGAUGAUUCGUCAAUAACUUUCAUACUAAAAUUUAUUCAAAAUUUUUGAAAACUGUAGGAACACCUGAAACCACACAAAUUGUGAAUUAGGUGGGAAGUUCUCCCAUGUAAAUAAAUAGAAAUGAUCCACAUGAAUUAUUCAUUAUUAGUGAAUAAGAGCCACUGUCUUGUCAUGUGCCUUUGAAUAUCAGUUCAGAUAGCAUGCACAAGAUGUUUAAUUUUUUUAAUAGCUCACAUUUUCCAACAGAUCCUAAAACAUACUUUUUUUACCCACACAAAUUCCAACGUAUUUCUUACAUAUUUCAUUUUAUUGACAAAAUACAUAAAACUUUCAAUUGCAUAUGUUCAUAUUUAAUUUGCUUGUCAUUUAAUCACUCUUAAUGGUUUAUCAACAAACUCUAAAUAAGUAUCACCAUUUAUGAAAUGUUUUACAUUUAUAUUAAAUGUCUACAUAAUA